AUAAAUCCGACUUUCAACAAAGUUUUUGAGUUUGAGACGAAAGCGCAAUGAAGUUUUUAUUUGAAAUACUAAGACUAUUUAUUAGAAAGGCGUCUUCGGGCGGAACUCUCAGAGCUUGGAUACUUUCAGCUCUCAUGGUACACGGAGCAGUAGCAGGAAAUCCGGACGCAAAACGAUUAUAUGAUGACCUUUUAAGCAACUACAACAAAUUAGUUCGACCCGUUGUUAAUACUACAGAUGUUUUAAAAGUUUGCAUUAAAUUAAAACUUUCACAGCUUAUAGAUGUGAACCUAAAAAAUCAAAUAAUGACCACCAAUCUUUGGGUUGAGCAGUCAUGGUAUGAUUACAAACUGCGAUGGGAACCAAAAGAAUAUGGUGGAGUUCAUAUGCUGCAUGUUCCUUCAGAUCAUAUAUGGAGACCGGAUAUUGUUCUUUAUAAUAAUGCUGAUGGUAACUUCGAAGUGACUCUUGCAACAAAAGCCACAAUUUACUCAGAAGGAUUAGUUGAAUGGAAGCCACCAGCAAUAUACAAAUCAUCCUGUGAAAUAGAUGUAGAAUAUUUCCCAUUUGAUGAACAGACCUGUGUUCUAAAAUUUGGCAGUUGGACUUAUGAUGGGUUUAAGCAAACACGACAUAGAAAAGCCUGGACAAAACUUCACUACUCACUUACACUAACCAAGAGAAACCAAAAAAAAAGCAAACUUCACAUUCAAAAUGAGGAUGAACUGCGGACUUAACAAAAGCCUACAACACAAAAAGAAUAGCUCUAAUGCAGCUGCAAUAAACACAAAUUCUUAAUAACGAUAUUUUGCAAUUCAAAGCCAGAUAAUCUUUUUGGUAAAAUAAGUUAUAAAUCAUUUCAAGCAAAACUCGGUUCAGUCCAUCUUCUACAUACCAAAUAUCAAUGUCACAUAAAGUUCCAUUGUACCCUGAGCUGAGAAAAGUCCUAAACGCCACAUACUGAUUUUUAACAAAACCAACAUCAUCUAACACAACAACACAGUCCAAUUUACAAUACCCUCCAUAACCCUUUAAAAAGUUCAGCCAGAAACGCAAACGUAGACGGUACACCAUUUGUUAACGCUCUACGCUAUCUAGGUAUGGUAUCAAAUACAAAAAGUUAUCCGACGAAUCCUGCUCGCCCCUCAAACAAAAUCUAUGAGAAAUCAAAAUCGCCUAAUUCAACUACUUGCAAAACAGGGCUACAGCGAUAUAGCAAAAGAGUACAGAUACGAGGAAUUAUAAAAAUAUUAGUAAGAUCUAAUUAUGUGUUAAAAGAGUUAGAAUUGAUUGAUUUAUGUUACUCAACUAAAGAGAGUGUGAAAAUCAUAUGAAGAUAUGAAAGUAGACAACUAAAAUAAUUAUUGCCUAGAAAAUGUCUCCACCUCCACUACAGGUUUUUGUAAUUUGAGAGUGUUAGUGUAACAUAUCGAUUUAAAGUUUGGCCGUGACAGUUUUGAGCGGUUUGUGGUUUUAGAGAGUGCGUGGCAUUCAAUGGAAAAAUCUUGCAGAAAGAAUACAACUAGAAUCCGUAUGCUUCAUUUCAACUUUGAAGCUCGUAUAGUUCCCGAGAUCUUGACGUUCUUGCGGAUAGACAUAUGAAACUCU